AUGGACCCCUUCGAGGACACGCUGCAGCGGCUGCGGGAGGCCUUCAGCUCGGGGCGGACGCGGCCUGCGGAGUUCCGGGCCGCCCAGCUCAGGGGCCUGGGCCGCUUCCUGCAGGACAACAAGCAGCUUCUGCAAGAGGCGCUGGCGCAGGACCUGCACAAGUCGGCCUUCUCUUCGGACCUGUCUGAGCUCAUAUUGUGCCAGAAGGAGGUGGCCCUGGCGCUCCAGAACCUGCACACCUGGAUGGAGGACCAGCUGGUGGCCAAGAACCUGUUAAUGACGCUGAGCUCCACCUUCAUCCGAAAGGAGCCCUUCGGCUUGGUGGUCAUCAUCAGCCCCUGGAACUACCCUGUGUACCUAAGCCUGCUGCCCCUGGUGGGCGCCCUGGCCGCAGGGAACUGCGUGGUGCUGAAACCAUCAGAAAUCAGCCGGGGCACAGAGAGGGUCCUGGCCGAGGUGCUGCCUCAGUACCUGGACCAGAGCUGCUUUGCCGUGGUGCUGGGUGGGCCCGAGGAGACCGGGCAGCUGCUGGAACACAAGUUCGACUACAUCUUCUUCACGGGGAGCCCUCGAGUUGGCAAGAUUGUCAUGGCCGCAGCCGCCAAGCACCUGAUGCCCGUCACACUGGAGCUGGGGGGCAAGAACCCCUGCUAUGUGGACGACAACUGCGACCCCCAGAUCGUGGCCAACCGCGUGGCCUUGUUCCGCUACUUCAACGCUGGCCAGACCUGCGUGGCCCCCAACUACAUCCUGUGCAGCCCCGAGGUGCAGGAGCGGCUGGUGUCCGCCCUGCAGAGCGCCAUCACCUGCUUCUACGGCGAAGACCCCAGGAGCUCCCCAGACCUGGGCCGCAUCAUCAAUGAGAAGCACUUCCAGCGGCUCCGGGGCCUGCUGGGCUGUGGCCGCGUGGCCAUCGGGGGCCAGAGUGAGGAGAGUGACCGCUACAUUGCCCCCACGGUGCUGGUGGAUGUGCAGGAGACGGAGCCGGUGAUGCAGGAGGAGAUCUUUGGGCCCAUCCUGCCCAUCAUGAAUGUGAGGAGCCUGGACGAGGCCAUUGACUUCAUCAACCAUCGGGAGAAGCCCCUGGCCCUGUACGCCUUCUCCAACAGCAGCCAGGUCGUGAACCAGAUGCUGGAGUCAACCAGCAGCGGCAGCUUCGGAGGCAAUGAUGGCUUCAAGUACCUGAGUCUGUCAUCCAUGCCGAUGGGGGGAGUCGGCAACAGCGGGAUGGGAAGAUACCACGGCAAGUUCUCCUUCGACACCUUCUCCCAUCAGCGCGCCUGCCUGCUCUCCUGCUCGGGCCUGGAGAAGCUCAAUGAAAUCCAGUACCCACCCUAUACUGCCUGGAAGAAGAAGCUGAUAAGCUGGACCUUGGCCUCCCAGAGCUGCACCCUUCUGUGAUUGCUCUGCCCAUCUCCAGCG